UUCCAGGUAGCACAACCGAUUUGACGCCCACGCUCAUCGGCAUAUAUGACUCACUCCUGGAGCCAGCCAAGAGUCUGCGGCCAGAUGUGACACUUGAAACGGCAAAAGACGCCAGAAACGACCCACCGGUAGAAGACACAAUGACUGAAGAAACAAAAGACGAGCCAGUCUCAGAAAUAUCCAAAUCCCCACCGAAAGACCCCUCGAAAAUUGCCGGCAGCGUGAAACUACCCAUCGCAACGAUCAAUAAAAGUUCUUUAUACUACUCGUUACGAACUAAAAGUGAUAGAAAUGGUGCUAGUGAAGAAGAUAAGUGUGAACUCACAUCCAGUGAUUCGGUUCUCGUUAGGGAUACUAGGUUGCAAAGGACGUUUAAGGAAACGAAAGAGACGUCCGCGUUCGACAAUCUCUCGCCGAAUGUUAAGAGGAUGAUAUCGAGUGCAUCAGAAACUACAACAGUGAAGCUCCAAAAGAAAACCAUCUCUGUCGGAAGGUCGUCUGCGAGGCACCGAUCUAACAUUCCCCUAGUCGGAGCGACGUCCAAGAUAUCUCAAUCGGGUGUCGAAAUAUUACCUUCAGUGGAAAUAUACGACCAACCUUGUAGCAUUAAAAAGUUCGGCAAACACAGACUCGAAGACGAGUCGCCGUCAAAAACGUUAGUAAAACCGGAAUUCAAGAUAGACGAAGUUCAAACAACUUACGAUGUCCCAACGAACAACAGGCCAGCGAUAUACGACGUGCCGAAUGUAAACAAGACGGCGUUCGAGUCUCUAUCCCUGCCUUACAUUGACCAAUCCAUCGAGCUCUCUAUAACUUCCAACGAUAGAGAGUUCGAUAUAAAAUUGUCGUCCAAAGAAAGUUCUCCUUUGAAACCUGAACCAAAAAUCCCCCUCGAAGGAACUCCUGCCAAAGUCGCGAAGGUGAACGGGGGAACGAAUAGUUUGCACAGGAAGGACUUUAAGAACGAGAGUCCGGUGAAGCAGCUGGCGAAAACUGGGCCUUACCCAGAGGCGAUAGGGUCGACUGGCAACUUGAAGAGCUGUGCGAUACCUGAGAUAGCGCGGUUGAAUCCUCCGGUGGAAGUUUCUCGACCGCUGUCGAUGAGUUCCAUUGCUUCGUCUAGCUCGACUUCGAGCAGUGGAGUUCAAAACAAAGGAGGAGUGAACUCGGCGUAUUUGGCGUCCAUCGAGAGCCUGGAUGACCAUAGUGACGCUGACAUGACUUCGGCCAACGGCAGUAAUAACUUUGUGAACAAUGCUGGCAUGAACACCAGUGUUUCGGAGGAGAGGAACUCGGAGGGCGUGUCGCAACAACUGGACACAGAGGAGCUGCCAGGCCUGACGCAGCUGGAGCGCGUGUGCGCUGAGAUCGUUCAGACGGAGAACGUCUACGUCGAGGACCUGAGGCAAGUGGUCGAGAAUUCAAUUGUAAAUUGA